AUGCCAACUAAGACCCAGACAACCUCAUCCACCCACACUCCCCAAAGCUACCACCUCGUCCUCACCGGCGCGGAAGACCCGCUCCCCGUCCGCCUGCAAAGCCGACAACCGCAAGUGCCGAACCCGCCCCACUGGCCCUCGCACUACCGGCGGGUGCCGCGCUACCGCCCCGUCAACCGGAAUUUAGACCCGGCGGAGCGACCCAACGGCUCCAACGCGGCGGAGUACAUUUUUGUCAAUGUGAUGUUGAACGGGGUGCGACUGAAUUCGUUGUUCGUGACUAGCUAUGAGAAGACGCUCGGGAAGUUGUAUCCGGGUCUGACGCGGUAUGAGAUCGGAGGGGAGUGGUGA